AAUAACAUCCGGGUGUGACCCAAUCCAUUUGUGUUGUGAUGGUGGAAUUUUUCAGUCCGAUUGCAUAUUAUUUAAUUUUUUACGCAAAUUUGCCAUUAAUUCCCACGAUUUUGAUUGAAUAAAGGGGAAAAGAACUUCAAGAAAUUGUUCUCGUGGAAGGGAGAACGAAAGGGGAUAGCUAGCUACGCUUAUUGUGCUGAUGUUAGUGAGACGCCUCCAGUCAAAUCACAAUGAGUAACAACAGCAAUCCUUUGCGUCCACUGGCCUCUGUGUCAGAGAUUGACCACAUCCACCUGCUAUCAGAGCAGCUGGGCGCCUUGGUUCCAGGUGAAGAGUACAGUGAUGUCACCUUCAUUGUGGAGGAGAAACGCUUCCCGGCCCAUAGGGUCAUUUUGGCAGCACGAUGUCACUACUUCAGAGCUCUGCUGUAUGGAGGGAUGAAGGAGUCCCAGCCGCAGGCGGAGGUGACACUGGAGGAGACCCGAGCCGACGCUUUCUCCAUGCUCCUCCACUACCUUUACACGGGCCGGGCUAGCCUCAGCUCAGCCCGCGAGGAGGUACUGCUGGACUUCCUGGGUCUGGCCCACCGCUACGGCCUCCAACCACUAGAGGACUCCACCUCUGAGUUCCUGCGCACCAUCCUGCACACGCACAACGUGUGUUUGGUGUUUGACGUGGCCAGCCUGUACUCUCUGGGUGCGCUCAGUGAAGCAUGCUGCGCCUACAUGGACCGGCAUGCCCCGGAGGUCCUGGCCUCGGACGGCUUCCUCACGUUGUCCAAGACUGCUCUGCUGACUGUGGUACGGAGGGACUCGUUUGCAGCGAGCGAGAAGGAGAUCUUCCAGGCGCUGUGUCGCUGGUGCCGGCAGACCGGCGAGGGUGGCGCCAGGCAGGAAGUGAUGUCGGCCGUGCGGCUGCCGCUCAUGAGUCUGAUGGAGAUGCUAAACGUGGUGCGUCCCUCGGGACUUCUCAGCCCAGACGACCUGCUGGACGCCAUCAAGACGCGCUCAGAGAGCCGCGACAUGGACCUCAACUACCGCGGCAUCCUCAUCCCAGAGGAAAAUAUUGCCACUAUGAAGUACGGGGCCCAGGUGGUGAAGGGAGAGCUGAAGUCAGCGCUGCUGGACGGAGACACCCAGAACUACGACUUGGACCACGGCUUUUCAAGACACCCCAUAGAGGAGGAUGGCUGCGCUGGCCUCCAGAUUAAGCUGGGUCAGGCCUACAUCCUCAACCAUAUCCGCAUCCUGCUCUGGGACAGAGACAGCCGGUCUUAUUCUUACUAUAUUGAAGUGUCCAUGGAUGAGCUGGAUUGGAUGCGUGUUGUAGACCAUUCCAAGUAUCUGUGUCGCUCUUGGCAGAACCUCUUCUUUACACCACGUGUAGCCAGGUACGUGCGCAUUGUAGGGACGCAUAACUCUGUCAACAAGGUCUUCCAUCUAGUGAGUUUGGAGUGUAUGUUCACACACCGCUCAUUCACUCUGGAAAAAGGUCUUCUCGUCCCCAAUGAGAACAUGGCUACCAUCGCGGCCUGUUCCAGUGUCAUCGAAGGGGUGAGUCGGAGCAGAAACGCCCUGCUCAACGGGGACACCCGCAACUACGACUGGGACUCUGGCUACACCUGUCACCAGCUGGGCUCUGGGGCCAUCGUCAUCCAACUGGCUCAGCCUUACUCUAUAGGCUCCUUAAGACUACUACUGUGGGACUGUGAUGAGCGAUCCUACAGUUACUACAUUGAGGUCUCCACCAAUCAGCAGGAGUGGACAAAGGUGGUGGACCGCACCAAGGUGCCAUGUCGGUCGUGGCAGACGCUCAAAUUCGACAAGCAGCCUGCCUCUUUUAUCCGCAUCGUAGGAACUCACAACUCCGCAAACGAGGUGUUCCAUUGUGUCCACUUUGAGUGUCCGGCCCAGUCUGACGCGGAGGUGAAAGAGGGCAGUCCUGGGCAGGAGUCCAGUUCCACGUCCCAGAACCCCAGACCUGUUCGGCCCUCCCGUACCCACAGCCUGCUCCCCUCCCUGCCCUCCUCAUCCUCCACCUCCUCACAACCCCACCUCUGAGAGAAAAGGAGAAACCCUCAAGGCCACCAUUUUGCACAACCUUUAUCUAUUACACAGGAUGCACUGCUAAAAUGCUGCUAAGCAUACUAUCCAUUUUGAUAAAAGAUUGGCUUCUAUUGCAAUGAUGAACAUGUUUUUAGGGCACUCAUACAGUCCUCCCUGUCUGAAAUGAUAGGCAAUGUUGGGAAAAAAAGGCUAUGGAGUAAAUUUGUCCAUGCAUUUUCCAUGAAGAUAUUGGCUAAAAUUUGUAGCCAGUUUAAGGGUACUCAAUUAGAACUUUUCAAAGCCUAUGGGCCAGGUGCUAUCCAGACAGUGGAGGUUGAAGCAGUACUGCUUGUCCAAAGAUUAACCAAUGCAAUACAGCAGUGAUGUUGGCAAUAAUAUCACCUUAAUGUUUUUCUUCUCAUUUAAAAAAAUGAACAAUCACAAUUGGAACAAGUUUUUACUUGAAUGUCCAAAAAUUAUAUUUUGACAUUUUUCAUAAUUUCUAUGCAUUUUUAAGUAGUUUAUUUGCACUUGUUGGUUAACUAGAAUGAUCAUGUUCACCUAUGGUUUUUAUUUGCCGAAUUCAUUCGCUUCACCCCCCCUUGGGCUAAAAGACUAUUACUGUCUUGGCUUACAGUAGUAUGGCUGAGCAGCACUUCAAUGUCUUGCUUCAAAUCGUUUGGUAUAUUCCUAAUUAAUAUUCAUGGUUUAUUUGCAGAGUCUUAACUAUACUAUAUUUUAACUAUAUUGUUCCCCAUAUUUACUGUAAGAAAGUUGUCUAGGGCUACUAACACAGGAAAACUGUACAGUGCUGGUAAUAGCUAUUUCCAUGAAUGGAUUUGUUUUUGUAAUUUUAUUAUCCUGACCUCUUGAGGAACAUUUCAAGUGCUGCUUGUGUUUACCUCUUGUCUAUGAUUUUGUUUGUGUGGUUUUAUUUUGGCUCAACGAUUUAUCAAUGCUAUUCUUCCUAUCCUCCCUCACCUUUAGUUGCCUGGCUCUUAAUAUGGCUCUUUCCUCUUAUCUCCUUUGCUAUUUUGGUAGCUUUUGUGUAGAUUUUACCAAUCUUUUUGAUAUUUUCACAUUGCUGCUAUUGCACGAGGGAUGAACAUUGACUUAAAGUAAAUUACUGUUAGUAGAAAGCAGAUUACCUUUCUCAAAUCUAUCUUUGCCAUUCUCGUUCCUGAAUAGUUUUGAUUGCAUUUUGUUGUAUUUUCUUAGUAUAAUAACGUCAUUACUGUCAAUGUACUAUAUCAUCAUUGCUGGCGGUUGCUUGUGUUAUUCUAUAUCACUGCCAUUACCAUACAGUGGUAUUUCUUUUCAAAAGAGGUCUAUUUUGUAGAUGUUGAUAGAGAUUCAGCAGAAAUGUCUCAAUGUUUCACUGUUCAAAUAAUGGUGAUUGAUUUGUAAAGUCAAAGUUUGCACUACUCUAGUGGGCACCGAGAAAGUUUUUUUUUUUCAAAUACUGUGUAUGGCAAAUGUUAGUGGCUCAAAUGUAUGUAAACGGCAUUAUGUCCUACGACUUAUUUUGCAGUAAUUCGCGUUAGCAACCCUCAAACUUGAAAGACCAAAUGUUUUUAACAUUGCUGAUUAAUACAGGUGUUGAAUGCAGCCUUGGACAUCCAUCCUCAUGACACCCUACCAGCUGGCAAUCACGCUUUUAAACAAUGCUAUAUUAAAACUUGUCAUCAUGA